AACGACUUCACGACACUGGCGGAUUUCCUAAAAAACAUCCAAUCCCUGUGGCUAACGAGCUGGCUCAGCUCUGGGAGGACCAGCGGGAGAACCAAGCGGAGCACCGGCGAAGGACUCGGAAUUGGAAUCGGAAUCGGAAUCGGAGGCGGAGGCCACGAGAAGCGCGCAGUCAACGUUUACACGCUCCAGCAGCCGCAUAAGUUUCCGCUUCAGUUGGACGUGCACGGCGGCGGUAAUUGUAGCUUUGAUUGCCACCAGGAGCUGGACAGGAUCCGUCAGCCGGGCGUCCCAGCACCCCGCCAGCACCAGCAGUCAACACCUUCCUCGGCACGGGCCGAGGAAAUCUACGAAACCAAAUUUAUUGAAUGCUCAAUGGCCCAAACGAUGGACGACGUGGUCUUCCAGUGCAGCAAUCAAAACUCGAUCUAUGUGCUGAAUGCCAGCUACGGUUCCUAUGGGGACUAUGGCACAUAUGCGGCAACAAAGCGUGAAAUAAAUGGCAGCCGGAGCAGAGCGACAAAUCCAAUUGGGGCAACUUGCUCGAGUGGCGUCCUGCAGCAUAAAUUCAAAACUUUCGGCAGUGCCGCAGCAACAACAGCAGCAGCUGCAGCUGCAUCUGCAGCUGCAUCGGUGCCGGCCCUGGACGCAGCAGCGGGAAGCGCAGCAAGCUACGUAACUCCUGUCGCUACAUCAAUGUCAACCGCAAUGUGUUCACCGGCAACGGCGGCCCUGCAAAAACUGUUCAAUUGCAGCGUCGGCGUCGCCUGCCAAAAUGUCACCCACGCCCACAGCAACCACAGGAGCAGCAGCAACAUCAGCAGCAGCAGCCACAUCCACAUCAGUGGCAGCAACAACAAUGCCGCAGCCAGCAACCAUAACAAUAGCUGCCUGUCGGCGGCAGGCGGAGUGAGCCUCCAAAACGCCCGGAAUCGGAGCCGGAGUGGCGAGUGCCUCGAUGGCGCAGCGGGAGCGGUUACCUCGCCAGCUGGAGGCGGAGGCGGUGGCGGUGGAGGAGGAGCAGGUGGCCUCCCUCUGCUCCCAAAGAAGAAAUGCACCACUGUCAAAUCAGCGCUUAUUGCCAAGAAGACAAAGUUUCUCAAAUAUCUCGAAGAAGAAAAAUGGCGCAGCAACGCGGCAGUUCCGGAAGAUGCUGGUGCCAUCAGCAAUGAGGCGGAGCCACCCACUCCGGGCGGCAACAACAACGGCGGGAACUUGAAAAAUCAGAGCAACAGUCGGGAGGCUGGAAGCGGAGGUGCAGGUGGAGGUGGAGGUGGAUGUGGCACUGGAAGUGGCACUGGAAGUGGGGGGCAGCUGAACAAACCGACCAACUGGAGCAUGCAUAAUGAGGACACCAGCACGCCGCUGGCCAGCCACCAACUACAACAGCAGGUGAAAUCGAGUUUCGAGCUCUACCAGGAGGCAGCCGACAUUUUGGGCCUGAGUUGCAGCCUCUGUGAUAAUUGCCGAUGCCUGGACUGCCAGAGCGGUUACUUCGACUGCGACGACGAUGAUGAGAGCUACUCGGAGCAAUCGCUGAUGGACGACGAGUACGACGAGUUCGACUGCGUUGCGGAGGAGCUGCAGGCGGCGAUGGCAGCACCCCGGCACCAGGAGGUGUCCCGCAUGCCCUGCUGCCCGCUGGGGGCGAGUUCCCACCUGCCGCACAAGGCGGACUCUCCGGCCGCACACUCGCCCCCGGAAUCGGAAUCGGAAUCCCUGGGCCAUCGAGUGGCCAUCGAUUUUGAUUUAAUUAACACCACUUGCAGCCAGGUGCUGCAAAACUGUGAAACAUUCAACGAUUUGAGUCUGCUAGAUGCCGCCGCCGGCGCCGAGCGUCCCUUCACGUAA